GGGCGCGGAGCGGAGCGGGACGGAGGCGGCGAGCGGCGAGCGGCUGCCCUCGGCCUCCGCGGGAGCAGCCGGGGCUGCGGCACCUGCGCCGGCCCCGGGGCUGCAGGGCAGGACGGGCUGGGGCUGGGCUCUGCUGCUGCCAGCGCUGGGAGAGUCGCGGGUUUUCGUAUUCCAAGUGAAUAUGUCAAAUGUUAUUGAAAUUGUUGCUGUUUCUUGUUCCUUUACGGUAGAAGUGGUUAUUUUUUUUUUCUUUCUUUUUUUUUUUCCUUUUCCAGAGGGAUUGUGUUUUUCAAGUUCUGCCGAUAAGUUUUCUUAAAAGGAAAUAUGGACUUUUUUGCAUUUCUAGUGGGCCGUCACUUGUCACUUAGACCAGAAAAUUAUUCUCUAAAAGCAGCAAAAGAGAUCUUUAUUAUGGGUGUAGGAUUGUGCUGAGCCAGUCUAUGCAGUUUGUGGCUAGCUUUUUUGGGGGGGCAAGGGGUGCUCAGGUUAUUUGUCUGUGUGGUCUUGGUUUUUAAAUUUUAUUUUUAUUGUAGAUUUUGUUCAACUUUUUCCAUCGUUGACCCUUGAGAUACAAAAAGUCUCACAGGGGCUCAGAAGUCUGGUAUCUAGUUACUCUUAUUUAAUAUGAUGGAUAUAAGAGUGGUCUCUGGCAGCACACUUCUUAGGCAAAAGGGGUUGAAAAGCUACGCAGAGAAUAGAGAAAUAAACCUUUGACUUACAAAUUACUCAUGUGAUGAUGUUGAAAUAUUGGCAAAACUGGAGAAAGAGUCUUGUGCUUUAGCAACUGACUUAAGUAUUUGCAUGCAGUUUAAUUUUUACACUGCAGGUGAACUCAGUUUUUUAGCUGAGAACCUAAGUAAAGCAUAGUUAGUGUUAUCAUUUCUUCAUGAAUCAAGAUUAUAUAGGAUGAUUUAGAAUACCACAUGAGUGCCCAUCACUGAUACUAGUACAGGAUUUUAGGGAUAAAUAGGAGGAGUGAAUUCCCCAUUAGAAAAUGGAACUUUUUUUUUGUCUGUAAGGGUAGUACUAAAUUGCUGCAUAAUUUUAAAAAUCCACUUUUAUAGUCUAGACACUGCUUUUAUUGUGUAAACAUUUAGUGAUUAGAAUUUGCUAGAUAUAGGGAAGAAUAAAACCAUUUAAGUUGGAAAAGAUCUGUAAAAUUAUCAAGUCCAACCCAGCACUAUCAAGCCCACCACUAAACCGAGUCACAUCUACGUGUAUGUCUUUUAAAUCCCCCCUGGGGUGGUAAUUCCACCACUUCCCUAGGCAGCCUGUUCCAGUGUUUGACAACUCUUUCAGUGAAGAAAUUUUUCCUAAUAUCCAACCUCUCCUGGCACAACUUGAAGCCAUUCUCCCUUGUUCCAUCAUUUGUUAUUUGAGAUAAGAGACCAGCUCCCACCUCACUACCUCUUUCUUUCAGGCAAUUGUAAAAGUAGAGGGUUUGCAGCUUUUCUCAAGCACUAAAAGAACUGAGAAUAUGCAGGUUAUGGUCACUUCUUCAUGUUAUUCAGAACUUUUUGGGUAGUUGUGAAACUGCCAAGAGUAUUAUUAGUAUUGUGCUCCAGUUUGGGAACAUUUUGAGGAAUGAAGCAGAGCUGGCACUUCCAGAAAGCUACAUUUGGUCUAAUCUGUACAGAUGCUUUGUGCAUGAAAAUGCUCUCAGAGAGUAAAUAAGUUUUACUGUGGCACACAUUUGUCUUUAUCCACAAAAGACCAGAGCAUCUGGAGGCUCAUGUUUUUCUUCAGAAAAUCCCUCAGGACUAGUUUGUAACUUUACACACGAGGUCUCUUGGUUCCUUUUGUAACAGCACUGUUUCUUUUCUUUUGAACCCCACUAAUUCAGCACCAAAAAAAACCCUCCAAAAACCCAGACCAAAAAAAGGACCCCAAAAACCAACAAAGUAAUUAAUAUAAGUCCUUCUCUGGGAAAAAAUAGAAAUCUGAUUUAUAUUAAAAAUUAACUGCAUUCAGGCUUUGUUAACAGCCUAUAGCUUGGUCAUGGAGCAAGUUGAGGUGAUAGGGGCUAGAAAACACCCACAGCAUUUUUUCCUUUUUGUGAUCUCUCUGAGCACCCAGGGUACAAAGCCUGGGGCCUCCCCCAUCAAGCAGUGCUAGUGACCACAAAGUUUCCAACCUGGCUGCCCUGAUGCUGGGGUGUGGGUUGGUUAGGGAUGGGUGCACUGGUGUAGAGUGCUGGUGAAAGUCACUGUGCCUGUCCUGGGGAAUGGGGGCUGGCAGAGCACUGCUCUGCCACCAUCACUGCCAGGGUUUAGGUCUGAGUUGAAAAGGAACAGACACUCCAUUUCCCUUUUCUGAUGCUGAAUCUGCUGUCCGAUCCUGCCUUUUGAAUUUUCAGCACGUGGUCUGACUUCUUUGCCAACUCAGACACGUCAUUUUACUUGGUUUUCUUCACAUUAGAGCUGACGUAAAUACUCUAACCAAUGAGAAAUAUGUGCCACAAAGCUUCUACGUCCUUGUGGUGAGGGUAAGAAAGAUAGUGAUCAUAACCAGAAACUGUACCUGGGUAAGCACAUUGCUCCAUGGCCUCAGGGGACCGAGUCUGCUGCCUGUCCUUGAGAUAAGGUUUUGUUUGCUGCUUUUCGUUUUCUCUUUUUUUUUUAAAGCUUCUUUUUGCCUAGUUGUUAUCUUUUGCCCAAAAUAGAUGGUGCAGUGGAUUAUGAAAAAGGGAAGUGAGAGCUCUCUAAAGAGGGCAUGCUGUAGUCAGUUCUGCUAAAGGAAAAGGAGGUCCUACUUUUUGCUUAAGCAAGCAUGAGACAAAGAGAAUAAAACUCGAGACCUAACCAUGGAAAAACUAUUUUUUCACUACUACUUGGAAAUCUGGAUGAUACAGUAGCUUGAUUCUUUAUUGAGUUGUCAUUUUUUUCUGCAGAAAAAUCCCCUGUUGUCUCAGCCUGGUGAUUACUAGCUCUUCUUUCCAUGAAGCAAAUGAUCUAUAUGAGUACAAACCAGUCCUUCUGCUUGAGCUGGAGUGAUUUUGCAAAGUGGACAGUAAUGGAGUAUAUGAGCACAGGUAGUGAUAGCAAAGAAGAGAUUGACUUGUUGCUAGCUGAUCUGAAUAUGUCUGAGGUGAUAGCCAUCAUGGAAAACCAUUAUCCAGGCGAAGACAUCGCAGUCUAUGAAGACAGCUUAAUUACCAUGUGUGAAGAGGCAAAUCAAAAUGAUGAACGUGCAGAAUCAUUACUGUUUUGUGAAGGGGAGGUCUCUUUGAUGUCCUCUGUCAAAUAUGGGACUGUGGAAGACCUGCUUGCUUUUGCCAAUCAGGUGUCUAACACUGCAAAACAAUUUAAAGGAUGCAGACAACAGGAAUCUGGAAUCCUCCUGAAUAUGAUCACACCCAAGAAUGGGCGCUAUCAGAUUGACUCGGAUGUGCUCCUGUUUCCAUGGAAGUUGACUUACAGGAAUAUUGGUUCUGAUUUUAUUCCUCGGGGAGCUUUUGGGAAAGUGUACUUAGCCCAAGACAGAGAAACCAAGAAACGAAUGGCAUGCAAAUUGGUCCCAGUGGAGCAGUUCAAACCAUCAGAUGUUGAAAUACAGGCAUGUUUCCGUCAUGAAAACAUUGCUGAAUUAUACGGCGCUAUUUUGUGGGAUGAGACGAUCCAUCUCUUCAUGGAAGCUGGAGAGGGAGGAUCUGUCAUGGAAAAGCUGGAGAGCUGUGGGCCUAUGAGAGAGUUUGAAAUAAUUUGGGUGACAAAGCAUAUUCUGAAAGGACUUGACUUUCUCCACUCAAAGAGGAUUAUCCACCAUGACAUCAAACCAAGCAACAUUGUCUUUAUGUCAACUAAGGCUGUUUUGGUGGAUUUUGGCCUAAGUGUUCAAAUGACUGAAGACAUUUACUAUCCCAAAGAUCUUAGAGGAACAGAGAUUUACAUGAGCCCUGAAGUUAUCCUUUGCAGAGGCCACACAACAAAAGCAGACAUCUACAGCAUGGGAGCUACUAUUAUUCAUAUGCAAACGGGCAUCCCGCCCUGGGUGAACAGAUACCCUCGUUCUGCAUAUCCCUCCUACCUCUAUAUUAUACACAAACAAGCUCCCCCCUUAGAGGAUAUUGCUGAGGACUGCAGCACUUCCAUGAGAGAGUUGCUAGAAGCAGCCCUGGACAGGAAUCCUAAUCACAGGCUGUCUGCAGCAGACCUGCUGAAACACGAGGCCUUACACCCACCCCCCGAGGAGCAGCCGCGGUGCCAGAGUCUGGACUCGGCGCUGUUUGAAAGGAAAAGACUGCUCGCCAGGAAGGAUCUGCAGCUGCCAGAAAACAUCACAGAUUCCUCAUUGUGUAAUGGGAGCAUGGAAGAGUCAGACCUGCUAAAGAGACAAAGAUCACUCUACAUAGACCUUGGAGCUCUAGCUGGUUACUUCAAUAUUGUUAGGGGACCACCAGCCUUGGAAUAUGACUGACUUAGUAACAUUUUAUGUUGAUGAGUCAGAAAUGGACCUCUACCUCUUAAAACUUGAUUUUAAGACUUGAUUUUCCAAUUUGUACAUAAAACUAUUGCCAUUAUAGGCUGUCAAAUGUGAAUAGUGUUUAAUUGCACAGAUGAUUAAGCUAAACCCUUACGGGCUCUGAUAAGCUGAUCCCAAGCAGUGAUGUUUUUGUGUCUGCUGGUGGACCAACAAGAAGAUGGCAAAGAGAACACUGCUGCUGGGAAUGUCUUAAUCCAGGAUAUCUUCCUGUGCUGGGCCUUGCACUUUUGUAAAACUUAUAAUAUAUGCUUGCAAAUAAUGUCAGGAAAAAAUAUAAUAUAAUUUAGCAUGUGGGCUGUAAGAUUCAGUCUCUCUGAGCUGUCCUUAGAAGAAACCUUCCUGCAAUCCCCCAUCCCAAAAAAAAAAAAAAAAAGAAGUCCUUAAUUUAACCAGUUGAAGACUGGUUCAGUCUUUUUCUGUCUUUAAGACUUGGUCAUUCUUGGUCUUUAAGAUUUAGUCAGCCUCUAGCCAUUCUUAAUGAAAAUUGAGAAUGUCUGUGGAUUAUCACUUGUUUGCAGGUGUGUUUUAACUUUGCAUCUUCCCUGGGCAGUGGGAGCUAAGAAGGAGACUGUCCCCUUCUCUGUGGGUCAAGGGAAUUUUUCAUUGGCAGUAUCAGUUAGUUUUGGGAUUUGCACAGCAAGUUGGCCCUGGCAAAGUAUGACAGUGACUUCAACUCCUUCCUAUGUUACAACUACUGCAAGGGUAUCUAUGAUAGUUUUCAAGAGUAGAUCAAAUGUUAUUCCCUAUUGGUAACAGUGGGCAGGCUCCAAAUUCUUGCUUUUUAAUACUUUAAAAUUGUACACAUGUAUAAUUGCUGUGAGUGCUACGGUUUGGAAAGUGUGUCAUUAGUGACAAGCAGUGUUUAUGUUCCUAUGGAAAUGGAAUUAUAUUGUUCUUGCUGUGCCUCAUACAUUUGAAACAUGAUGUUUUGGAUGAUAGUAAAACUAUGUAAACUGCAUAGUUCUGUACAUCCCAUGGGAUGAGAACGUAAACUUUUAUAAAACUCUUUCUGAUGCUUAGGAUGACUCUUUAUAAGCAUUUGUGUUAAAUGGCAUACUGUGUAUGUUGUACACUGAAUCUUUUCUGAAGCACAGUCUCUUUUUCAUGUCUGUUAUUUAAUGCUGCUCCUCUCUAACACGUGAUCUUAAACAGAUGAUUUCUAGUUUGAUACUGAUAUGGUCAAAUGAAUAAAUCCAGCUCAGUGCCUUGA